UGUGACAUAUUUGAUGAUCUUUUUCUCAUGUCCACUUGGAAUUCUUAACUAUCCUAAAAGCCGUGAAAUUGCAAGCGGCUUCCUGUUUCGCGCUCGCGCAUCUCCAUCACCACUUUUAUUAUUAUUUUUAUUAUUUUUUAAUUUUCUUGCAGGAAUAUUAAUCGCUAAUAACCCACACCAGCUAUGACAGAUCAGGAUAAUUCUUACCGACCUCGAUCUCCCGAUUUUUCUACCCUCCAAUCCCCCAUUACCCCCUCUAUCACCCAACCCAUCUACUCUUUUGCGAACCCAUUGGCUCAUCGUGCAUCCUACGACGCCUCUCCUUUCUUCACCCCGCAAUACCACCAUCCUCUUCCACCCCCACCCGGUCGCGUUUCUCAACAGUACAUCCCUCCCUUCGCGGACCCAAUCGUAGAUCCCGACAUGGCUCGUCGGUCGUCUCGGAUCGCACGCGCUGCCGAGGUCGCCCCCAUGCCAGAAUUCAAUGUGGAAGUCAAGACAAAAUUCCCUGUCGCGCGCAUCAAGCGCAUCAUGCAGGCCGACGAAGAUGUCGGCAAGGUUGCUCAGGUUACUCCGAUCGCUGUCUCUAAAGCUCUCGAACUUUUCAUGAUCUCUCUUGUCACCAAGGCUGCAAAGGAAGCCAGAGAGCGAAAUUCGAAACGCGUCACCGCGUCGCAUUUAAAGCAAGCAGUCGUCAAGGACGAAGUAUUGGAUUUCUUGGCCGACAUCAUUGCUAAGGUACCCGAUCAACCGGCGGGGAGAAAGCACGAUGAUGAUGGUAGCGAUCAGAACGAGCAACCGAAACGUAAACGCGGUGGGCGCCGGCCGAAAGAUGAUAGUGACUAGCUAUAAAUCUCGGUCAUUGGCGUUUCAGUUAUUCGGAUUUCAUGCUCCCAAACCUCAUUACCCUUUUGCUUUAUUCUUUCUUUGUUUGAACGACUUUGAUGGGCCAUAUCUUAGACUGGGUUGGAGAGCGGGCGCAUACUCUCUCGGCGUUGUGAUGGUGGGCAUGGUUUU